AUGCACGCUCAAGGUGCUGGAGAAGGUGCCGUUUUGGCACAGUUCUCAUUUGAUAAGCUCAAGACCAAAGAAAAAGAGGAUGCGAUAGAGGUUGAGCCCCUGAAGUCAAACCCAGACUGGGAGAAGGGACAAAUUAUGGCUGCGUCUCAAAAUGUAGCUCGCAUGCUCAUGACCUCGCCUAGUAAUUUAAUGACGCCCAAACUCUUUGCUGAGGAGGUCGCUUAUCUCUUGGCCGGGCUUGAAAAUGUUGAAGUCAUCGUUAGAGACGAAGAAUGGGCCAUAAAGCAAAACAUGAAUGCGUUUUUAGCUGUGGCUAAGGGAAGUCGUGAACCACUGAGAUUCUUGGAGAUUCAUUAUAAAGGUGGAAAAGAAGGAGAUAAAGCACAUGGAUUGGUUGGUAAAGGCGUCACCUUUGACUCUGGAGGAAUCUCUUUAAAGCCAUCUAAUAACAUGGCCCUGAUGAAGGGCGAUAUGGGUGGUGCAGCUACAGUAGCAGGCGCACUUUACGGUAUUGCAAAGUUAAAGCUACCUGUCAAUGUUAUCGCUGUUACUCCACUUUGUGAAAAUAUGCCAUCAGGCCAGGCUACUAAGCCAGGUGAUGUUAUCAAGGCUAUGAAUGGUAAAUCUAUUGAAAUUCUUGACACAGAUGCUGAAGGACGUCUGAUUUUGGCUGAUGCACUACAUUACAUCAGUUCAAAGUAUCCACUUGCCAGUCUUAUUGAUCUUGCUACACUGACAGGAGCUAUGGAUGUUGCAUUGGGUAAUGUAUUUGCAGGUGUAUUCACCAACUCAGACACACUUUGGACACGUCUGGAAGCAGCAGGUAAAUCAGCCAAUGACCCAUUUUGGAGAAUGCCAUUACAUGAUGAGUACCUGAAAGAGAUGCAAGAGUCCUUGGUGGCAGACUUGAAUAACCUUGGUAAAGGGAGAUCAGGUGGUGCUUGCUCAGCAGCUGCCUUUUUAAAGGAGUUUGUUGUCAAUAAUGUUGAUUGGGCACACAUUGAUAUAGCAGGUGUUAUGGACAGUCAGGCAACAGAUGGAUAUCACAUCAAGGGCAUGAGUGGUCGUCCUACGAGAUCACUGAUUGAGUUUAUCGGAAAGAAUAGUUUCUAG